UAUUGACCUCACAGCAGAUGCAACUACUAGUAAUGCUGGUGUCAAUAGUGCAGACUCAAGGCAGCAGGAAGAUGACAGCAGCUUCUCACUGAUAACCUGGAACAUUGAUGGGCUGGAUCUAGGAAAUCUAAAAGAACGAGCUAGAGGAAUCUGUUCUUACCUGGCAUUAUACAGUCCAGAUGUUGUGUUUUUACAAGAGGUCAUCCCACCACAUCUCUGUCUUCUAAAGAUGAGAGCAGGGAGUUAUACUAUUAUUCCAGGUAACAUAGAUGGCUAUUUCACUGCAAUAAUGUUGAAGAAAUCAAGAGUGAAGCUACUGAAACAUGAGAUAAUACCUUUUCCCACAACCUCCAUGAUGAGGAACCUUUUGGUUGUGCAUGUGAGCAUAUCUGGUAAUGAACUUUGCCUUAUGACCUCUCAUCUGGAGAGCACUAGAAAUCACUCUAAGGAGCGUAUAAAGCAACUGCAAAUAGUGUUAAACAAAAUGCAGAAGGAGUCUGAGUCCACCACUGUUAUAUUUGGAGGGGAUACAAACCUCAGAGACAGUGAGGUUACUAAACUAGGUAACUUACCGAACAACAUUACGGAUAUCUGGGAGUUUUUGGGUAAACCUCAACACUGCCGCUAUACUUGGGACACCUACUCCAAUACCAACCUGGAUAUGGAGUACAAGUGCAAGAUGAGGUUUGACCGCAUUUACUUUCGGCCUGCAGCAGACGGGGGACAUAUUAUUCCACGAAGUAUGGACUUAAUCGGAUUGGAAAAACUAGACUGUGGCAGAUUCCCUAGUGAUCACUGGGGCAUUCUGUGUAACUUUGAUGUGAUAUUGUAAAAAAGAAAAAAGGCUUGCAUUGUUAGUUUUUAGGUGAUCUGUUCUUGUUUUUACAAAAUUUUACCGUCUCAGUUUAAGCAGGAUGUAUUUAAAUUUUCAACCCUCACGCAUUCUCUGCUCUUGACUUACGCUGGAAUGGCUUCAUUUCAAGCCAGGGUUCCCUUUUCCUGAUUGUAUGCAUCUGUUCUUGAAUCAUGUUUUUUAAAUAUUUAUUUUUAACAAUGUACGCAAAUACAAAACCAAAUUCUACUUUUAAAAUGGGAGGAAAAACCUGUAAAUACAAUUCAUAAGCAUACUUGGUGGUUUAAAAGACACUUUUAUUUUGGCGUGUUUUAUAAUCUCAUAAUAAAUGCUUUUUU